GAACCUGUAAAUAAAGUUUACGCCUAUCCCUGUGUUUUAUUCAACAUGAGGAAAAGAGAACAACGGGGUGCUUACGGUUUGGUUCAAAGGAGUUCGACACGAACGUGUUUUCUUCAUCUUCUGCUAAUAUUGUCAACAUUUUCACAAUGUUUUGCUAAAAAAGGAAACUCUAGCACAAGUUCAGCGGGAGACUGCCAGUGUUCACCUUUAAUACGACCUGAUCAAGAAAUCUGUAAAAAUUUUACAUUUAGUUCAACCAAUAUCACCGAGGAUUUGAAGGAGACCGUAAUAAAAUGCCUGAAAGUUCCCUGGCUAGCAGUCAUAGUUGUUGAGAAUCCCAAAAUCACAACUGACAGGCUGGAAUCUGUAUGCCUAGGUUCUAUUAUAAACAAGAAAUAUAUUUUAUCCACUGCAAGCUGCUUUUGUAAUAAGAAAUUAACAGGGCUAGGGUGUGACUGGAACGAUUCUGUUCCAGGGAAAAAAUUACCUUCCGGACACUUUACCUACACAGGAGGAACCAAAGGAUCAAGGAUUACAUACGAUCAUGGUAAUUUUGUAAAAGUUAUGCUAUCUGGAAAGAUCUUUGACUUCAGUUUAAAGAAUAUACUGGAAGUGUCUGUUGCCAACACCUCUGGAACAGAAAAGGUUGCUAGAAUUAUCCUGCAUCCUGAGUAUGUGGAGGGGAAGAGAGAUCAAUCUGAUAUUGCUCUGAUAGAACUUCAACAAGAAAUAGUAUUUGAUUCGGAAAACAUCUUUCCAAUCUGCCUUCCAGGUGUAGAUAGUAAAGAUUAUGGUGUACAGGCCAAGAUAUCUGGAUGGGGAACUCUGUAUGAAAGAUAUGCAGUUGAAAACAAGAUUGGUUGCCACACAAAUGUUGAGGGCCCGGCCAAGUUUGAAAAGUGUCGACAAGAGUUUGUUCUUGAAGGAGAUAUUAUGGGACAGUGUUUGAACUCUGCUCCUCCAGUUUGGUUGAGUGAAGAAUGCAUGAAGCUGCAUUCUGAGAUUCCUGACGCAGCCAAGAAUCUGUCAGUUAUAAAAACAAACCACAGAAAGAUAACAUGCUAUCCUACAGACAGCAUUAAUUCAACGGAUAACUACGGUUGGUGCGCAACAUGUGUCGAAGAUGCCGCGGAAAAUGAGCCUGGAUACUGCUCAGCAGCGACACCAUUGGAUGCUGGCACUGAAAAUACAAGUUCUGUCGGACAUAACUCUGCCUGGGGUAUGUGUGACAGCAAGUGCUCUGUUCGGGACACAGACAAAACUCUCUCAACUGAUAUUGUAGAGUCUAGUAUCUAUAUACUAACUAAACAAGAGUGUAUAAACCGAACUCGAGGAGCGGACUCCCUGGCUAUGAAGGCUCGAGUGGACAGAGAGCUGUGUGCUAUUUCUAGCUUGAAUGAAACUGUGAGUAUAUUUGAACAAGAAAAAGAUGGCAAAUAUAAAAGGGUUGACGAGGAAAAUAGGAUUACGUGGGGAGGAAGCUCAUCAUGUCAGGUUGACUCUGGGUCUAGUUUAUAUACACUAGACUCUGAACUAAGACCAACCCUGCUUGGAAUAGCUUCUAGAGUUUCCAACUGCUCUCUGAAGAACGUGAAUGUUCUCUACUCCAGGUAUGUUCUCUACUCCAGGUAUGUUCUCUACUCCAGGUAUGUUCUCUACUCCAGGUAUGUUCUCUACUCCAGGUAUGUUCUCUACUCCAGGUAUGUUCUCUACUCCAGGUAUGUUCUCUACUCCAGGUAUGUUCUCUACUCCAGGUAUGUUCUCUACUCCAGGUAUGUUCUCUACUCCAGGUAUGUUCUCUACUCCAGGUAUGUUCUCUACUCCAGGUAUGUUCUCUACUCCAGGUAUGUUCUCUACUCCAGGUAUGUUCUCUACUCCAGGUAUGUUCUCUACUCCAGGUAUGUUCUCUACUCCAGGUAUGUUCUCUACUCCAGGUAUGUUCUCUACUCCAGGUAUGUUCUCUACUCCAGGUAUGUUCUCUACUCCAGGUAUGUUCUCUACUCCAGGUAUGUUCUCUACUCCAGGUAUGUUCUCUACUCCAGGUAUGUUCUCUACUCCAGGUAUGUUCUCUACUCCAGGUAUGUUCUCUACUCCAGGUAUGUUCUCUACUCCAGGUAUGUUCUCUACUCCAGGUAUGUUCUCUACUCCAGGUAUGUUCUCUACUCCAGGUAUGUUCUCUACUCCAGGUAUGUUCUCUACUCCAGGUAUGUUCUCUACUCCAGGUAUGUUCUCUACUCCAGGUAUGUUCUCUACUCCAGGUAUGUUCUCUACUCCAGGUAUGUUCUCUACUCCAGGUAUGUUCUCUACUCCAGGUAUGUUCUCUACUCCAGGUAUGUUCUCUACUCCAGGUAUGUUCUCUACUCCAGGUAUGUUCUCUACUCCAGGUAUGUUCUCUACUCCAGGUAUGUUCUCUACUCCAGGUAUGUUCUCUACUCCAGGGUUAUUCACUACUUGGAUUGGAUAAACAGUACAACUGGAGAAUUGGGUUGUUCGGUUUCAGGAGAUAAAAACUAAUUCUACUUUUAACAUUUAAAAUGAUUUAAUGUAACUAUAGGAACAUGAAACAAUAAACUUUUAUAAAAACA